AUGGCCGACGGUUCGGCGCAGGUUCAAAUGCGGAAUCUCCAAUCCAGUGACGAGCUCGACCUGGUUGACGCAAUUGACAAGCUUCGAUCACAGGGAAUCAGCCACUAUGUUUCGCUGCCACAGCUGAUCGUCUGCGGGGACCAGUCAUCUGGGAAGAGUUCUGUGCUGGACGCUAUCUCAGGAAUCCCAUUUCCGACAAAAGACAACCUGUGUACGCGGUUUGCUACCGAGCGGCGAAUAACGCCCUUUUCCAACGAUGUCCUUCGGAUCGAGAUCUCGGGGCCGAAUCGACCUCACCUGACGAUCGUCGACCUUCCCGGGCUUGAUCCACUCAGAGAACAAGAUCCAGGAAAGCAGCAGGACAUCGACCUUGUCCAGCGACUAGUGCGCGCAGAAACCCGCGACCUUGCGGAGGUUCAAUUCCUCUCCUCCGGGGUGUGGAACGACCUCCCUCAGGGGGCCGUGGGAAUCGUCGCUCUACGGCAGCGGCUCAGUCAAGCGCUUCUGGACCAGAUCGGAAACGAGCUGCCCCAUCUGGCGGCAGAGAUCGAGUCCAGCAUAGAGCACUGCCGUGUCGAACUCUCGCGUCUCGGCGAAAGCCGCGGCACUGCGGACGAGCAGCGGCUCUACCUUCUCCGUAUCAGCCAGUCCUUCCAAUCCACGGUCAAGGCAGCAGAGGACGGCUCCUACGGGGACGGAAUCUUUGGCGACGCCCGGGCCGCUGACGGCUACUGCAUGCGAUUUCGUGCGGUGAUCCAGAAUCUCAACCUCGAGUUCGCGGAGACAAUGCGAAGAGCCGGCCAUCACCGCAGGAUCAUCGACGACGCCGCUGCAGAUGCCGAAGAAGAAGACGGGACGGUCACGAGAACGGAAUAUCUUAACGAGAUCCGCGAGCUGCUCAAGCGCAGCCGAGGGAGGGAGCUCCCUGGGAUGUUCAACCCCCUCAUCGUCGGCGAGCUGUUCUACGAACAAUCUACCCCGUGGGAGAGAUUGGCUCGGAAGCACAUGGAGUUAGUAUGGAAGAGUGGUGUUGCAUUUCUGGACCUCCUGGUUGGCGAACUGGCGGACGUAGACACGGCGGAGGCUCUCCGUCGCGAGGUCAUCCAUCCCGCGAUGGACGUGCUUCUGCAAGGUUUGAAUCGCAAGUUGAAGAAGAUCAUCACACCUUUCCAGACUGGCCAUCCCAUCACCUACAACCACUACUUCACAGAAACGAUCCAGAACGUCAGAGAGAGGAGGCUCCAGUCCGAGGUGCGUAAGAAGAUAGUACGCGUCUUCGGCUUGACGGACGCCGUCACUCUCGAGGACCUUCCCGUAAAGAAGUUGAAAUUGUCAACCCUGGUCGGGGCGUUAGCGACGCGUAACGAGGCAGACAUGGACCGUUACGCCUGCUCGGAGGUUCUCGAUUGCAUGGAAGCGUACUACAAGGUCGCGAUGAAAACUUUCAUCGAUAAUGUUGCGGUGCAGUGCGUGGAGAGCAAGCUCGCCAGCAAACUCGAGAACAUACUUUCACCGUCGCGAAUCAUUCAGAUGGAUGCCUCCCAGAUCGGGAGGAUCGCAGCUGAGUCUAUCCAAUCCCAGGAUCGGCGAGAGAGGGUGUCUCGAAAACUCACAAUCCUGGAAGCGGGAGCUGAGGUGUGCAAGCGGUUCGUCGGUCAAAGCUCAAUGGGUAUGUUCCGCACUCCUCAUCGUCUCAGGCUGAGGCUGAUCAUUUCAGACACCUUACAACACCAUCAGUGGCCGGUUGACGGGGUCGAAUAUUUGGAGACAGAAGAGGAUGACUCGUCCAUUGCGGAUGUUGAUGAGGUAUGCAGGCGGACGCUGGCGAGGAACAAAAUUACUGAGAUUAUGCAGGAUGACGAGAUUGAAACUGACUCAGCAAGUCCCCAAUUCGAAACGUGGGCGUGCCCAACUGGUUCUGUAGAUGGUGUGCAGUAUAAGGACGUUCAGCAGGCGGUGGCGAAAGUGCCGGAUAAGCCAAAGAAGAAGAAGAAGAAGAAGAAGAAGUCCUAA